UUUCAGCUUAGAACGAAACUUGAAAACAUCGAGCACCAUUGAAACCGAUUGCAAUAUUUUCCUUCUUAAAAACGAAAUUUCAAAAAUUUCGUCAAAAAUCUACCCUAUAAAAUUGAAUGCCCGAAAAAUUAUUGACUACUACGAGUUGUUCAGAGAAAACAGAAGCAUCUGACACCGUAGAGGUUGAUCCCGGUGAGGAAGAUAGCAAACCACAAGAAGCAGCGUCAAAAACGCCAGUUACGGUACCAACAACGGUACCUAAUUUGGCACCUUUCCUGCUUAGUCCACCUCUUACAAUGACGCAACUAUUAUAUGAGCAACAGAAAGUGAUAUUCGCACAACAACAACAACAACAAACAAGCAUCACAUCUUCAAAUGGUUCCACUAAUUCCCUCUCAAACGGUUUUUCGGUGGCUUCAUUAGCGAAACCUAGCGAAACAAGUUCGUUCCUCAAUUCACCAUUCGCAAUUUCUGCUCUAACAGCCACAACUACAAGAAAUAAAGUAGUUCAGAGGAAGGACAGCGAUGAUGAGCGGCAAAGCAAUAAUGCCGGUGGAAGCGAAUCCUCUGCAGCUGGAGCUGGACAUUACCAAGGCUUCUUCCCAGGAAGGGUGAAAAGACUGAUGGGUGGACACAGAACAACCGGUCACAGUAUGAAGCCAUCCGUAUCAAAUGAUUUAUUGGGUAUCAAUGAUCGACCAUCAUCCUGUUCUAAUAGUCCUGAAGAUAGUGGAAAAAGGAAACAGCGCCGAUAUCGGACAACAUUUUCUGCUUAUCAAUUAGACGAACUGGAAAAAGUAUUCGCAAGGACACAUUAUCCUGAUGUUUUUACCAGAGAAGAAUUAGCACAGCGAGUUAUUCUUACGGAAGCAAGAGUUCAGGUUUGGUUCCAAAAUCGGAGAGCAAAGUGGAGGAAGCAAGAGAGAACUUCCACAGUACAUCCUUACGGACACACAACUCCGCAUCAUGUUCCACGGACCUCGCAUCCCCUCAUGCAACCACAUCCUUAUGCGCUUCUUGCUGCAGCUGCCGCGCAGCAAUCUGCUGAAAAUAGCGCCGAUCCAGCCGCAAUCAUGGCUGCAAUGAGCGCCCAGCAUCAAGCAAUAGCAGAAUCAAUGAUGAAUCCGGCUGCAGCGGCAUUCAUGGCAACAACACCUGGUCUUCUGAACGCUACCACCUUAACAACCAAUCCAUUAAAAGACGCUACCGAACCGCUUCGUCGUUCUUCUCCAGUUGCAUCCACUACCGAACCGAAUAUGACGAAUUCGGAUGGAGCCAGUACAUUAACUCCGGUAAGCACAAUUGCAUCCUCUGUAAGUCCGGAAGUUGAUCGCUCAAAACCGAUCGGAAGUGGUGUCAAUCCAGCAAUCUCCUUAACCAAGUUGCCUGCAUUUGUUCCAGCAAUAAGUACCACAAAUAGUGCUGCUACAACUGCUGGAACCGAUCUGACGUCUUUUGUGCUUAGCGGUUAUCAACAACAACUUGCAGCUGCUAAUUAUAUGCAACAUUUGCAACGAAUGAUUGCUAUGGAGAAUCUAUCCAAGCAAUAUUCAGGAAUAUGGCCCGGAACUGCUGCUACUGCAAUACCGUUGGUUGGUGCUACUGUCACAAGCGGAGGUUCAUGGUCCGAAACUCAACACAUGUUUGGAUCACUGAUGACUAGUGGUACAGCUACAACAGGUACCACAAAGACACCAGUUAAUUUGACCAAUCCAAAAGAUGGUUCAAAAAAUAGAGCUGUGCAGGAAAUUUUUCGAAAUCGUCUUAGUGAAGGAUUUAGCGCAAAUGUCUUGGACUUCGAAUGUUUCUUCAGCAAGGAAAUGUGCAUGUUAGCAGACAAACGGACGUAA